AAAAUAAUGGGAUUGGAAAUUUAACAUUGAAGUUUCAGCCGUCUUUAUCCUUGUGCUCAAUAGAAAUUAAAAAUGUGAAAGGACACAUGAUUUUGGGGCUCCUUGUUGCUCGUCUGUGACGCUUGUGUCCUUUCUCCACUGGCGAGAUCAGAGUGCCUUUGUGCAAUUACAAUCAGUGCGGUGGAGGCAAAGAAGGGGAGACGCAGGGUGAGGUUCGAGAAACGAGCAGGAAGGAAAUAGAAGGGCACGGCAGAAUGGUGGACGGGGGCAGAGAGACAGAUGACGGAGAGAAGGAAGGCGCAUGUUUGCAUCUGUCUCUGUGCUUUAGACGGAGUGAAGGAGAGAGCGAGGCAGCGGCGGAGAGAGAGGCAGAGGGAGGGGAGCUGAUAUAGUGGGAGAGGGAGGUAGAGGUGGCUACGUGGAGCAGCACCCCACUUCAUCAGGCAGCAUACGGCAGCCCUGCAGUGCGAUCACACAGCAUGGGAAUGGGGCUAUGAGAGCGAGAGAAAGAAAGCAGAGAAAGACGAGAGCCAGGAGGAGGGGGGAGUGAAAAAGAAGAGCUUGAGGGAUUUGCUCGGAUGAAAAGGGGGGAUGAUCACUUUUCAUCCUCUGCCUGUCGUGGAUGCUGGAAGGACGUGGCAGCAGUGGCUGAGGUUGAGGCAGGUCUGUGGUGCUCUGUGUUGAGGUGGCCGGCAUCAGGACGCUCUGCCCUGUGAGGGGGUACGCUCUUGUGUGUGUGUGCGUGCGUGUGUGUUCCAGGAGCAGCAGCUGGAACUGCAUCUGCACUGCCUGCAUGUCUCAGACAGGCAAGGGAUGCAGCAAACCUCUGCCCUGAGCACAGAGAGGCUGCUAGCUGCACCCAGCGAGGAGAAGAACCGGGAGGGCUGGGACAGGAUUUCGAAGGUUGCUGGCCUCAAAGAGGAGCUGUCUGGACCCACACAGAGGUCCUGCAGUGAUACUCGCUUCAGAGUCAGGAGGAUCACCUGCCGCGUGCUGGAUGUGAACCUGGAUUUAACGCUUUGAGAGAUGAGAGGCACAUUCUUUGGCGGAGCCGCACAGACAGCAGCCUGCUCAAGAGUGUGAAUGCUGGGCAGCACUGGAACCACCAAGGACACUGAGUCUUUUCCUACCAGGAGAUUCAACAAGGAAUAUAUACGUGGAUUUCAUUUUCAAUUGAGGAGUUUGGAAUCGGCACACUGUGGAAAUCCUAAGCCACUGUUUCUUUGAUGCAGGAUUUACAAUAUGUCUACCUGAUGUUACUCCGUGUGGCUCUGGAGUAAGGACAGAACACGAUUUACGCAAAUGUCUAUUCCUUCAUCAAAAAUAACAUGAGUACCUCAAUAGUACUUAAUAUGCUGCUACCUUCAUUGUAUGAGCCUUGUCCUAGCUCUCAAAGAGGUUGACCAAUGAAGCCAUGGGACUCAGCCAGAGCUUUACAAGUAUGUGGUGAAAACCAUGUCCCUCUGGGGAAACUAAACACUCGCUCUAUCCUAAAGAAGUAUUUUUGUGAUUUUAGCGUAAAAGACAGACGUCUUUUGGAAAAGUAAAUAAUGUAGGGUUUAGGAAAAAGCCCGAUUUAGUGAUUCAUCUGUUUCCUGUUUUCCCCUCAACCUUAAAAAAAGAAAAACACCAAUCCUUGUCGUUUGUAGCGAUUAGCCUUGUUUUGUUCCCUGGACGGGCUAGAGACACUUUUCCGCACUUGCUCAUCUGCUAGGUAAAGGAAUGCUUAGUGAACCACGUUUGUUGGAUGAUGCCACCAUGGCUCAGUCCAACAAAACUAACACCACCAAGCGUCAGAUGAGCUUUCCUCCCCGCACUACCUCCACCCUCGCCUGACAUCUUCACUCAGUCUUUCUAACACCAGUAAGGUGUCAGAUUAGCCUAGUCAGUCUCCUGCAGGGCCCGAACAGUGCCUGCAGCACUUCCUUUCCUCCUCCUGUGUUUGAAUUUAGCCGGGCCCCCGCCUGCACUGUGGGAGCCCCCUUACCCCCGGCCUGGACCCUGUCUCCCCCCCACCCCGCCUGGUGCUGCUGCACUCGGCUCUGCUUCUGCUGGCCGAGGAUGAUGUGGCAAUGCCAUGUGUCGUCCUCUGAGUGCCGCUGCUACCGGCUGAACGGCUUCUCCCUGCUGAAGCGCUUCCCUCUCUCGGCAGAUGGGGCCUGUGGUAAAGCCCUGGACCAGCCGGUGGGAGAGUGGCUGGAGCACGUGGGGCUGCCGCAGUACGAGAACAAGUUUCUGCUCAAUGGCUUUGAUGACCUACGAUUCAUGGGAAGUAACGUGAUGGAAGAUCAAGAUCUCAGAGACAUGGGGAUCACUGACCCGGGACACAGAAAGAAAAUUCUUCAUGCAGCACGCAAUUUGCCUAAGGUGAAAGCGUUGGGCUGUGAUGGCAGCACCUCUCUUGCUUCCUGGCUGGAUGGACUGGGUCUCCAUGAAUAUCUGCCCAAUUUCCUCACAAAUGGAUACCGCACACUGGAGUGUGUCAAAAACUUGUGGGAGCUGGAGAUUGUCAAUGUCAUUAAGGUCGGUCCUCUAGGCCACAGAAAGAGAAUCAUUGCUUCUCUAGCAGAGAGACCCUAUGAAGAAGCUCCCUCCAAGUCCCGUCGUCUGUCGCCAAUUAUGUUCCAUGACCUCCUGUCCCAGACCACAUCUCCUCUCAGCCAGAUGGACCCCUACACCAGUCGCUCCAUGGACACGCUUCUCCCCUUGUCUGAAUCUGACCGGAGGCGGAGAGGAGCGGACCAAGACUGUAGCAUAUCUCUGCGAUCUUAUAAUGAGAGGCCGCGCUCUGUGGACAGACACGGCGAUCGGCACAAAGAGUCUAGAUUGAAUUUUCGCCAGACAAACCACUCUGCCACGUAUGCCACGGUUUCUGCCUGGCAUCACCAGCCGGAGAAACUCAUCUUGGACUCCUGUGGCUAUGAGGCAACAUAUCUAGGAUCAUUGAUAAUCAGGGAUCUGCGAGGGAUUGAGUCCACUCAAGAUGCUUGUGCUAAAAUUAGGAAAUCAAAGGAUUCAAAAAAGGGUCCAGUGGUCAUACUGUCUAUUACCUAUCGAGGGGUCAAGUUUAUUGAUGCAGCCACAAAGACCAUAGUUGCAGAGCAUGAGAUCAGGAACAUUUCAUGUGCUGCUCAAGACCCAGAUGACCUCUGCACGUUCGCAUACAUCACCAAGGAUCAGAAGAGUGGUCACCACUUUUGCCACGUCUUCAGCACUGUGGAAGUGACCCAGACCUAUGAGAUUAUCUUAACACUGGGACAAGCAUUUGAGGUGGCCUACCAAAUGGCGGUUCAGUCCAGGGCGAGACAAUAUGUGCCCCCAUCAUCUCUAGGCUCCGAAUUCGUAGAAACUAAAGCCAGCCGUCCAAUGUCUCAAUCCUGGAGCAGCAUGCGAAGAUCGGCGGGUGCACCUCUGCUCGAAUGCCGCUGCUGUCACUGUCACACGUGUACUACCCACCGCCCUUCCUUCCUCCCGUUGCACUCUGUUAGCCCUGGAAUCCAGAUCGACCCCCUGGAGAUGGACGCAGACAUGCAGUCCUUGGGCAGCACCACCUGGCUCUGCGAUCACCGGGACUACAGCAGGCGUCCCGUCAGCACCAAGUACGAGACCACCAUAUUCUGAGGGCCGGAUCCUCACUGCAGUUCCCUCACUGCACCUCUUCGUAGUUUCCUCUCCCCUCGAAUCCGGCUUUUUGACACAAAAACACACACAGAUGUACAUGCGAGCCCCGUGCCUUCUCACUGUGAUGGUAAAGCAUCCCUCAGGACUGCCUACUCCUGCACCCUCCUUUGCCCUGCCCAGCAACCCACAUCAACCUCCUACCUGCUGUUGCAAACACCCCCAUGGCCCCUCCUUCAAGCUCCCCCGACACCCCUGGCAGCCUCCUUCGCCUGCUGCAACCACUGAUGGAGCCCUGAAACGGAUGGUCCCGGACUGAUCGUGUUUACAGUGGCCCUGCUUUUUCAGCCAAACUUCCUCUUCCUUCUCUUCCUUACAACUUGCAUCUGCCUCCAAAUCCCCGAUAGCUCCCCAAGGUUGCAUCUUUAUUAUUCUUCCUCUUUUAACUCAUGCUUUUUUAUUAUUUAAAUUAUAUUUUCAACAGUUAAUACUAACCAUGUUCUUUUUUUAUUUUGCAAGUUUCCAGUAAAUACUAAAAAAAUUAAAAUAGUUGUUAUGUAAUACAGGAGGGGUCUGCUUGUUUAAAUGUGCUGUAAAGUGAACAACUUGACAUUUUGAGAUGUGUUUAUUUUAUUUUUUUGCAAAGGCUUUUGUGGGAACAAUGAUAAGAAGUUAAAACAACUAUUUUACUGAUAAUUUCUAAUGAACCUCUCAGACUUUUCAGAAAAUGUUGAAUCCUGGACAGAAUAAUCUGACAUAAAAAGCAUCUAUGUGGCUAAUAUUUGUCCAUUUCAUUCAAAAUGUGCCAGAUUCGAUAAAUUGAUGAAACUUAAUAAACAGCCGUUUUUCCUGUUUGCCGAAUAAUUACUCUUUUCAGGAUAAAUAUAUCAACGAGUAAUUACCCAAACUAUUGGACACGCAUCAUCAAACGUCGCCCCAAAGCUCUGAAGUUAUUAAAACUGUUUCACAAACUCUCAAGCUAACAAACAAAACUAUCAUCCUUAUUUUGACAGUCAAUUUUAGUGAGAUUUUUAAUUUAUCUCCAGAAAACCAAAUGAAUCCAGAAUUCCACUUGUAAAACUGUCAAAUAUGUGGAUUUCCAGCAACAAAAAUCAGCUUUAAAGUUUGGCAGCUUUUGUGAUAUUUGUCUUAAACAAAUCAAAGACAAACCUUUUACUUUUCCACACAAAUGUCCUUCGUUGUAGGUUAUUAUGUUAACUAAUGUGCUUCUUAUCCGUGUUCUCACAAAGUUGAUCUCAUUAACAGACCCCUCUGUCACUGACAGAACAUUUGUUCAAGGAAAAACUGUGAUUUAUGAAUAUAUUUUUUUACUUUUAAAAUCUUUUCAGUUGUUUUGCUUCAAGACAUGAUUUUUUUUUCUUUCUCCGUUUGUAGCCUUUCCUGUCUUACCAGGCAUCUACCACUGUGAGCCACUAUGGGGAGGCUGCUUUGAUAGCAUGGGAUGCAAGAUGGACAGUUAGUCUGUGAAAGACAAAACAGCAACAUGCAGCAGACAACCAGUUUUUCUACUCAUUUGUAAAGUAAAUCACGAGUUGAUCACCGAUGUCUAAACUCAAAGCAGACCAAGAACUGAGCGCUUGUACACAACACAGGAGGACAACUUUCCUACAUUUUAUCGAGGACAACAGCCUUACGUCAUGACAGUUAACCUGUAACUGACCUCCUAUCCCUCGCCCUUCCACCGAACAACUGCACGCCUCUGACCUGUUUGUAAGAGACAUCAGAACACACACGCACACACAAAAGACUACACUUCUGAUUUUUUUUAGAAUAUUAAAUUGACUGUGACUGGCUGGGAGGACGUUUGUCCAGUGGUGGUACCGGUUUGUCAGGAUGAGUCUUUGCUCUGGCCUUGUUCUGCCCAGUGCCUGUCAGCAUUAACGGUAGCACCGAGAGCCUGCAAGUCAAAGAAUCCCAGAACUUCUCCAUUAAAAAAAAAAAAAAAAAAAGUGAGGAAAAGCACUGUGUUGAGAAUAUAGCACUAUCCCUUUUAAAACGUUGUUUUCGUACAGUGAAAGUAGGAUUUAGUGAGUUUUGUGAUACUUUUUUGAUAGGCAGGGCCAAACUGAAACCCUCCAGAAGAACCGAUCGUGAAGAGUCCCGAUAUUUUUGAGGCAAAAAACAGGGAACAAAAAUCAAGAUAAUCAAAUGAGGCCAACAAACACAGCUUCCAUAGGUCACUUUAUUUGUAACUUUCACUUCAUGAUGACUUCUCUCUAAUCAAGUGUGCCCCCAGAACCAUUUCCUGACAUUGCAUCGUAUUAUGAAUACACUGGUAGGUAUCCAUAUCACUCUAAUUUAGAACUAUUACACGUAAGGUCUUGUCACUUGCAAAUAAAUGGUGGUGAAAAAUUGAAUUCCACCGCACCAACAGAGCCAAAUGUGACUGUCGUUCUGGUUUGAUGGAAUGGAUUUGUUAUGCUGGGAUUAUGCCACAAUUUUUUAAAGUUUUCUCUUCUGCACUGUGACUGAAAAUGUGCUUGUGGAGUCGACACAUACCUGCGUGUGCACUUCCUGCCUAUGUGUGCAUUGUUCGUGUCUGUCCCCCAUUGAAGUUUGGACUGUUACAUGGCUGUUUCUGUGUGCUGCUGGGGAAGGCGAGGGAUUGAGGGCCUCUCCGAAGGCGGUGUGUCUGAGGGACCGACUGUUUAGAUGUGGCCGCUCCAUGUGUGGUACUGUGGCUGUGUCAUUGCCACUCUGUUCUGACUGUUUUCGUUAGCUUCCACCGAUGAUGCAUGUUGGCAGCGUUUCUGUGUUUUGUCCCCUCUGAUGCACUCGGCCUGAGCAGUCUUUGUGUGCACUGUCGCGGCUCCUAGCCUCUUCUCACUCAUCUUCCAUUUGCUUUUUUUUUUUUCCUUUAUCUUCUCUGUUUACAUGCAAAUGCAGUGAUUCACCCUCAUCCCUCCAUGUCGCCCCAAAGUUUUUGUCACAUCUGUUCUUCCAUUCUGUGUGUUACCAGGACAACCUGCUCCAGUAUGGAUGCUUAAUAUAUUUUUUAAAAAAGUGCAUUACACUUUAAUGAACAGUUAUUUGAAGCAAGUUUUGGUGGCAUGAUGCGGCUGUGCAUGAAGCAAAUGUUCUUAACGUGGGUUGUUUUCCCCGUGUAGCUCGCCCCAGCGUUCAAGCUUCCGGAUACCAAGCUGUGAGUUGAAGGAGAGCAGCCGAUGCAAGUGUGUUUUGGGUGGGUUGAGUUAAUAAUGAGCAGAGCAAAGCAGUAGCGGGAGAAACAGAGAGGUAAGCCUGCGCAAGGUGCAGCCGGCACUAUUUACGUUUCACCGCGCAAAAGCUCCACGCACCUCCACUGCCCCUGAAAUGACCCCCGACUCCGAGAAAGGUCAGCCAAAAUGGGCCAUGUGUAUUUCCUGUGAAUUUUUGAUCUUGCCAUGUAGGUUUAAUAAAUGUAGAGCACUGUAAUCCAUUAAAUAUAUAGACCAUUUCUCUCAUUCAGGGCAAAGAGUGAGAUUUAGUGACGGUUUAUCAAAUGAAAAGACUGUACCAGCAUUCAUCACUUUGCCUAUGGUUGUAAACAUGUUAUGGUUUGUCACUAAAAAAGUGUGAUAAUGUCUCAAAAUUUAAAGCAAUAUUAUAGUAAUGACACUAAAUAGUAAAAAAAAGAAUAGAGAAAAAAGAGUCCCUCUGGAGUUCUGUUGUCAGUUCUGAUUUUCUUUAUGCAACCCAGUAGUCAAGAAAACAAAGCAUUACAGCAGCUGCUACAAAUGAAAAGUGACAGAAGAACAAUGGGAAUAAUUGUACAGUUGUACAUUCAAUGAUUCCCCUGCUGAAAAAAGGGUGGGUGGUGCAACUCCUAAUCUAAACAAACGAUUAGCCCAGUUAUUGUCUCUCAUUUGCUUUAUUGGCGUCAAGCCGGAGUCGAGCAUCUGAAUUCCUGCUGUUCUUUAAAAAACACAUCGUGUCAGUUUCACUGUCACCCCCAGCUUGAUUUAUGAUUGGAAUAAAAGGUAGAGGUGGCACAAAGGGAUAUUAUCUUUGAUGAUUCACCACACUAAUAUUUGUUUAUUUAACUAUUUAAGGGUUUUAUUUCCUUCUCCUGUGCUAUACUAACUGUAUUAAAGUGUGUAUUUUUGAUUUUGGAACGGAUUAAAAACAUAUUUGAAAACAAAUAAAAUGCCCAUCGAGUAUCAAAAAGGGCUCCUGUAAGACAUUUUUGACUUUUCCCGAUAACUUUUGAUCUGUUUUGUUUGGACUGGCGUCUCAGAAUUUAAGGAUCACUGACAGAUUUUAAUUUAUUGCAUGUGGUGACUCACUGUGUGGAUACAAUCCUUGAAACUAACAUUAUAAUACUCCCUUAGAAGUGCUUUUUUAUAGCUACAAGUAUCCACCAGUGUGUGUGUUUUAUUUAAAGAUGAUGCACAUAUACCUGCUAACAGAUGUAAUCAUGGAACUCUAUUGGUUUGUGUUAGAAUGAUCCGACACACUGACAUCCGUUCACUAAACUGACAGAAAAAGUCAAUCGUCUUUACAUGAAUACUUCAAAUUGAGUUCAUUUCAGAAUUUUUAUAUAUAUAAAUAUAUAUAUAUAUAUACUGCAUCCUAUUUUUGUAUGUAUACUUAUAAAUAUUUAAACUGAAAUGUAAGCUACAAUCAGACUAUUAAUGCAGCAAAAACUCUGCAAACAAAGAAAGUUCUCUGUGGUGGAUAAAUCGACAAGAGCUACUAAAGUUUUUUGAAUUAUUAUUUGAACGCUGAAUGAAAACAAAUUGUGUUGAACUGCUUCCUUAGAACAUGAAUUUGGAUUAUCUUGCCUGUUAUCUGCAUUGUGAACAUGAGUAUGAAUAAAUAUACCUAAAAGAAAUGUUUCUCACCCCCAAAAGACAAAAAAAAAAAUGGAACAAUCGGAUCAUAUUUAAAUGGAUUUCUAACGAUUUUUUCAGAAGCUGGAAGUGAUAAGUCGUCAGCUGAUAAUUGUUUUUUCCCUUUUCUCUCAACCUAUUCUUGGUGUGUCCUGUUAUAGUUGUCAUUCAACCUCUUAACCUUCAAUUCUUGAUGCUUUUAUUUUCAAAUGUUCUCUGUAAUGUUUGAGUGUAAAUGAAUUAUCUUGAUAUUUAUUUGCAAUUGAAACACAAUUGUCUUAUCAUCCCCAACAGUACCAAAAACAUAUAUAUAUAUAUUUUAUUUACAUCUUUGGUAGUUUUAAAUGCUCAAACAAAAAAAGUGCAUUUUGUAAAUCUGCAUAAACCAUAAAGACACCCAGCUACAUUUGAAAGCAUAAUAUAGUCCACUUUACAACCCCCCCCUGCAUAUUUUCUUUGGUUCAGUCCCCAGCCCCCCCAACAAUACUUGGUUUUGUUCUCACUAAACGUGACUGUUUCUUUCUACUGCACAGUCCUAGUUUGUUUUGUGUACACAGAUUUGUGAUUUACAUGUGCUAUAAUAAAUAUUCAGUAACUGCCUUAUACUUUCAUGAGGACUUUUCUAUAGUCCUGACAUCAAAGAAAGUAUUCUGUUUCUGGAGACUGUAAAUGUCAAUUAAACAACAGAAGGACUACAAGUUCAGCUGCCUCUUUUCCUAUCUUGAGUCUGGUAACUGAGCAGGGGCGGAGCUGCAGGGGGGCAUGAGGGGGUCAGUAACCCCCACCAAAAAGCUUGGUGUGUGAAUAUUUCAAAGAUUAAUAAAUGUUGCAAAAACAACAAAAGCAAUAUUUUUAAAGAAACUUUGACUCCCUUAAAUUAUAUCCUUUCAUUUGUGAUCAUAUAAAAUCUCCUAGCUCCGCCCCUACCUCUAAGCAACCGUAUUUACAUUUUAAUCCAUCUGGUGCGACCUAUGUUCAAGUCACACGAAUGACUUUUUUUUAUUUUUGGGUCAAGUUAGCGAGAGUCCUCCCCGGUUUCAGCCUCUCCUGGCAGCAGCAGCAGCUUCCUGAGGAUGGGAGCGUAGAAGGGACCGAAUACUGCUCUGUUGAAGUGGAUGAUUCGCCCAAAGGCCGUUCCCAGCUCUGCUAGCUCAGCACUCAGAAGCCCGAGGGGGAAAGACAGCUCUGGACUCCUUUUAGCCGGGCCGCCCCGCAGCACACCCAGGAGGAAGCCCUGAACCCUUUCUCCUACAUUAAAAAGGAGGGAAAGAUGGAGACAAGUUCGUGUCUUUCAGCAGCUUACCAUGGAAAUGUAUGAUCAUGAAGAAUGUUAGUUCCCACAUUAUAAAAGAAAAGCUAAA